AAACUUUCUUGUUGUUGCACAGCUCUUCUGCAGCAGCAACAGCACUCACACUGAACCGCUUCAAUUCACCAUCUGAAAUGCACUUGACUGGACUGUGCGGGGUUUGCGGGACUUUGUCAUCCUGUGAAGUAAUGGCGCUCCAUCUUCAUUUAUCGACAGCGCAUCACUGAAGAUAAACAGCAGCUUAAUCGCGAAACUUUUCAAGGAUCAACUUUGGAAAUAAAUGACAUUUCUUUGUACUUAACGCGCACCGCACAUGAGGAUGGAGACGGUGUUUUACCUGCUCGCCUUCUUGCUGGCCCGGGUUAGCUGGGGUCUUGGAUAUGCGGAGUCCAGUGUUCAGUCGGGACAGAGAGCGGCCAGCAGACACAGGAACUGGUGUGCUUACGUGGUGACACGCACUGUGAGCUGUGUGAUGGAGGAUGGGGUGGAAACGUACAUCAAACCGGACUAUCAGCGGUGUACCUGGGGCCAGUGUCCUCGAGUUGCCUACCGGACAUACAGGAGGCCAAGGUACAAGGUAGCUUACAAAAUGGUGACAGAAAUGGAGUGGAAGUGUUGCCAUGGUUACUCUGGGGAAGACUGCCACGAUGGGCCGAAGGUAACCACUGACACUCAGGUCAAUGGAGGGCGACCCCGCGUCACGCAGACGGGCUACAACACAGGUGGCGGACAGAGAGGAGAAGGUGACAGUGAGAGGAUCAGACAGCUGGAGGAUACGAUCAGCGGUCUGACUAAAGACCUCCACAACAUGCAGACCACCAUCCACGGCAUGAACCAGAGGCUGCCUGGUCUGAAUGGGGCAGUGGUCCCUGCUGAUUCAGCUCAGCCACAGAUGAAGGAAACCAUCAACAACAUCCAGACCAAGCUGGACCAUCUCUACAACAGAACCCAGGUCCAUGACCAGACCCUGCUUAACAUCAACAACCACCUGGUGAACGGAGGAGGCAAUGAACUGGAUGGAGUGGUCAGAGGAGGAAUUGGGGGAAACCAGCUGAACACCCUGAAGGAGGAGAUACUGACGGAGCUGGAGACAAGGGUGACUCUGUCCUGCUCUGCCUGUCAGGCUGGUGUGGAGGACCUGAGGCGCCAGCAGCAAGAGGACAGGGAGCGGAUCCAAGCCCUGGAGAAACUGGUCAGCUCCAUGGACCAACACUUGAGGCAGAGCCUGGACAUCUCCCACAGUGAGACUCAACGCUCCCAGGCCUGCUGCACCACAGUCACUAAGCUGGAGAACAGGAUGUCUGAUCUGGAGGUCCAUGUCACCUCCACUGCUAACAAAUGUGACACUAUUAAAGGACGACUGGAUAAGGAGCUAGCAGGGACAAGUGGAGGAAAGGGAAGAGUGACAGAGGACAGAUUGAAUGGCAGACUGAGAGAAUUGGAGAAGAAGGUGAAUAACACAGUGAGGAAGACGGAGCAGCGGUGUACAAACACAGGGAACAAUGUGAAAGACAGUGUCCAGAGAGACGUCACACAGCUGCGCAACAUGGUCCUCAGUCGGCUGGAUGAUAACAGCUUCAAGAUCGGCAAGAUAGAACUGGACGUGUCUGUUCUGGGAGAUACAGUCACUGACCACAGCCGGCGUUUAAGUCAGAUGGAGAACAUCACAACGUACCUGGACAGAAGGCUAACAUCAAUCGCAAACAUCUGCAAUGAGACCUGUGGGGCUAAUGGAAAAGUCCAGAAGACUGACGACACUGUGAAAACCUUAGAGUGGAGAGUUGUGGCUAAUGAAGAGGAGAUUCAGAAGUUCAACACCAAGUUAGACGAUCUGUCAGUUUCAGGGGACUCGCUGAUUGACAGAGUGAUCAGCUUAACAGACGAUGUCAAAAAGAUAAUAGCUGUGACGGGGGAGAACGGAGAAAAUUUCAACCGGAUUGUCACAGAGGUUGAAACAUUGGGCCGUGAUUUUGAGGACUGUUCUAUUUGUAGCAGCGUAGAGGAGGAUUUGCGCUUGCUCACCAACUCCACUAUGAGCGGCCUCAGCAAGUGCCAGACAGAACUUACAGAUCUACGGAGAAAGGUCAACUCAGAAGAAUCUGUCUGCUCUCAGGUGUGCUCCAACCUUCAGGAGGAGGUAGGACGACUCAGAGAGGAUGUGGAGGAGUGUACUGGACAAUGUAAAGUCAACAUCAAUGAUCUGAAGAAACGCCUGGACAGUCACGGUGUCCAUAGUGGAAGAUUAGGUGGGGAUCUGAAGUCCAUCCAAGGAGAGCUGGCUGGGGUCAUGGUCACAUUUAACUCUAUCAAUGACACUCUGAAGGGCCUGGGAAGGACUAUACAGACGCAUGGGAACACACUGACUGAUCUGACCAACACCAAGGACAACAUAAUUUCUGAGGUGGACAAUUUGCAGAAGGAGCUGACAGAUCAUGUUGAUGACUCCAAGAUUCGAUUUGGCAGUCUGGGCAAAGAGAUCAAAAUAAUUAGGAGCAACUAUGUGACGGAGAUCGGGGAGUGCCGGCGGUCCAGCGAUGGUCUGGACAGAAGACUUUCUAAGCUGGAGGAAGUAUGCACACGCAUGGACUCUUUUUCAGACAGCCUGGAGAGGAUCAAGGAGGGUCUGGACCGACAUGUGUCUGGGCUGUGGAGCUGUGUUAAUGGACUCAAUGUCACGGUAACGUCUCAAGGAGAUCUUAUCGAUGAUAUCCAGAACGUCCAGCUGGAGAAUGUCCACUCCGACAUACACAGACUGAACUCUUCAGUGGUGGACUUGGUCAAGGAGUUCCACAGUUUCAUAGAGCAGGACUUCAUGGGUCCACCUGGUCUCCCGGGCCCUCAAGGAGAGAGAGGUGAGCGCGGAGCCCAGGGUCCUGUCGGACCCCAAGGGACGGUAGGACUCCCAGGUAGAGAGGGCAAGCAGGGACCAGCUGGACCCCCAGGUCUCAGAGGCGAACAGGGUCUUGCAGGGUCUGAUGCACACGUUCCACGCCUUUCUUUCUCUGCGGCGCUGACUCGUCCAAUGAGAAGCGCAGGAACCAUAGUGUUCAAUGAGGUCUUUGUCAAUGAAAAUAAUGUCUACAAUCCCAGAACAGGGUAUUUCACAGCUCCAGUGAGUGGGAAGUACUUCUUCAGCGGCAUCCUUACGGGCCAUAAGAACAUGAAGAUCGAGGCUGUGUUGUCCAAGUCCAACACUGGUGUGGCCCGAGUGGACUCAGCUGGGUAUCAGCCUGAAGGCCUGGAGAAGCCCAUGGCAGAGGCCAAACACAUCCCUGGGGCUCUGGCUGUCUUCAACAUCAUCCUGCCCUUGGAGGCAGGGGAUACAGUCUGCAUCGACCUUGUCACUGGCAAACUGGCCUACUCCUCUGAACCCCUGACCAUCUUCAGUGGCAUGCUGCUGUACGAGACCAUCUGAUUGGAUGUAGUCUCAACCUCUUGGUGAAACUUUCAGCAUGAGAGCAUCUAAUUUGUUUGCUGGAUUGUUAGAGACAGAGCUGCUGGUUGAACAGGCGAAUAACUGAAUUACCUGGACUGAUUCAUUCAGCAAGGAGAAAAAUAUGUUACAUUAUGUGCUAAGAAAGAAGGAAAGGAAUCCUUUUCAACCACGAUAAUUUUUGUGUUUCACAGCUUUAAGAAAAACUAUUUGUGCAAAGAGUCAUUGUGUUUUUUUAUUCUUUGUUGUCUUCAGAUAAAAGCCUCUGCAGGGUUAUCUUAUAAUUCCAUAUAUCAUGCUGUUCCAUCAAGACAGCCUUCAGGUCUGGUGUUAAUGAAAGGACAUUUGGUAAGAUGAUAGAAGAUUAAGGAUGUGGGUAGUCUUUUGUUUUUUUUUGCAUGUAAUCCACCCACAGCAUAUCAUACUGUAUGUUCAGAGGUUACUACACACCAUUUCUUCCCAUUUCUAAUCUAGUUUUCUUUCCUUCAUGCUCACAGUUUCAUUUUGACCACAAGCAGAUUCCCAGCAACAUAAUGCUGAAUGCCAGUUGUCUUGGAAAAAAUGCAGAGUGAUGGAGGCGGAGGGGACACAGUCCAAACCACUAUUCUUUACAAGGAAAUACACAAAUGAAGUCACUGACAGUUCAUUCGAGAAACCACAGGAUUUUAUAAAUCAUACAGCAGCAAAACAAUAAGACCAUUUUAGGACAUUAGCUAUGCCCAGAAACAUGAGGGGAGGAGGAGGAUGGCCUGGAGGAAGAAUGGGGAUUUUUUCCCCCUCUGAUUUAAUAAGGGCCAUCCAAAGUUGGUGGAGGAUCAAGUAAAGUUAUGAAGCUGUUACUAUCAGUCUAUCUUACAAUGGAAUUUUUGUGGAAAGCUAACAAAAACAAAUAAUGAAGCUGAACCCUUGUCUCUAUGCUACAAAUCCCACCUCUUUCAUGUAUACGCAGACACUUCCUGCCUAUAGAAGUUCAAUUAAAAUGUCUCCGGAAUAACACGUGCAUGAUAUCAAGUUUGUAGAUAAUUUUGAAUGGAUUUUACUGAACAAAAAUUUAACCACAAUAUUUUUGUUUUUGCUUCGAUUUAUCACAGGUUUCACUCAAAGAUCUUAGACUUUCUUUAAUGCACUCGAUAGAUUUAUUUUAAUUUGGCAGUUCAUCCAACCGUCCUCACAUCUGCACAAGUCAGUUACUAUGACAAACUGCUGUCAGGUCAAUACCCUGGUAACGACACCAAGCAUACAAAUGAGCUUUCAUGAGACGGUUUCUGACUGUUUGUGCAGAAAUUGUAAUAUCAGUAAUAUCAGCUGUUCGGGUGGCUGGUCUCAGACAUUCUUGGAAGUGAACUGGAUGUGGACAUGCUGAGCUAGUGUGGCUACACAGCCCGUUCUUGUUCCGAAGUUGUCAGCCCAGUGUUCGCUUACUGUGUGAAUGUAGAGCCAAACCAUGAUGUCUUUUUCUAAACUUAACCAUGUGCUUUUGUUUCCCAUUGCCCAGAACGUCAGCAGCAGAUAAGGAUACCUAGCGUGUAAUAUUUAGAUGUGAAAGGCCACUGACAAAGCGGUGACUUGGGAUGAGAAUGCACUGUGUUAUACGUGAUCUGUGGUUGUGAAGAUGGUUGGAAGUACUGCAAAAUUGAAGGAAAUUACAUUGGAGACCACUUAUGGUAGUAAAAUCAACGUUGUUGUUGUUGUUGAUGUACAUGGACAACAGCUCCAGUGGACAUUCUUGAAGUCAGCAUGCCAAAUUGCACACAUUUUAGAGUGACCUUUUAUUCUGACCAUCCCAGGGCACCUGUGUAGUAAUGAUGCUGUUUUAUCAGCAUAUGCCACACCUGUCAGGUUGAUGGAUUAUCUUGGAAAAUGAGAAGUGUCCACUAACAUGGAUUUUAACAAAUAUAAUUGGAUAAUAGUAUGUGUUGAGUGCAUGAAAACAGUCUUAGAUCUUUACCUCAAACCUGUGAAAAGCAGAGCAGAUUGGGCCACAUAUUGCAUUAUAUUACAUUAGGAUGAAUGGAUUGAUACCAGCAUAUCAGGGUUUGUUCACAAUACAUAUCUUUUCACAUUUUCUUUAGUGUUCAGUAUGGGAAUGUAAUUUUAUGUUUUUAUGCGUUGUAUAACCUUGAAGGAAUGUAAAUAUUUUUAGCCCAUAUAAGAUUUUUACCACUUCACCUGUCAGGUAUUGUAUAUGUUUUGUAUGUUUUUGCCACAUGUGUGCCUCAAAUACAGAUACCCACUUUUACACAGCUGA